AUGACGCGACUGCGCGCGAAGACGCACAUCCUCCCCGCCCGAUGCAUUCUGGGGCUUAAAGUCACCAAUCGGACAGCAGUCUCUCGAGCGAGCGAGAUUCACGCAGAGGACGGAGAUCUCGGCGAGAGAUUCCCACCCCCCUGGCAGGGAUGGGCCAAUCCCAGGGCGUCCGGUCCACAGGGCCGUGGGACACGUGACCGCGCCGACGCCGGGGCACGUGACUUCAGCGGCCGCUCCCCGGGUCUUAGCAGCGGUAUGGGGUUCGGCGUCGUAGAGGGGUCAGCGCUGAGGCCACACAGCCUGGACGCGAAGGAGCCGGGGUUGGACCCAGGUGUCCGCCUGCUCAGCCCGCAGGCCUUCCACUAG